AUGGGUCCACUUGUCGUGUUCGUAGCCUUCCUGGCUGCUGUUGCAGGAUUUGAACUUCCACAUCCAUCUACAUUUGCGAAGAUUUUUAAUGAAGAUCAGUUUGAAGAUUAUCUGGAUUUUUGGCUUGCACAGGAAGAACCCAAAUGGGCAAACGCAUCUAGUUUGUUAAGACACUCAGAAAUUGGUCCCCGAAGCAGUGGUUGUACGCUCAACAUAAAUGGAGAUCUUGGACAGCCGCAGCCUGUGUACAUUCGUAGUGGCACGUAUCUUCGCCCCACCGGUAACUCAGGGCAAAUCCACCUCAAUACCGGCGAGCAGGUUAUCAUUGGAUGCCCCGGCCGCACCCUUCGACAUCCUAAUAUUGCUUCUACAUCACUCGUCGUUGGCACCGCAACAUGCGUUAACAACAAUUUAGUGUCUGGCUCUGGUUGGUUAAACGGCAAUAGUGCUUUUGGUCAACUGACUUGCUCAAGUCAUUCUUUCCACGAAGCGCAAGCCACAAACAGCAGAUGUUGGGGAAAUAACAUUGUAAUUCGUGUUGGAUUCAUCGUGAACAAUGUUUUCCAUACACUGUACCAUUCUUGCUUCAAUCAACAACGCAUGGAAGUAAUUUAUGUUGAGUAUGAACAAUCUCGUGAAAACGGAAUUCAUCAGACGGGUGUUGACAGACCCAGCUUUCUUGCUGGUUCAUUUUUCUCCGGUGUUCCGGUUAAUACCAUGUAUACUCAAGUUGAACAAAAGAAGACCGUUGCUGAGUACGUUGGUCAAACUCUAGCCGAUAGAUACAUCACCAACCACCAAUUCUUCGCACGUGGUCACCUUGCCGCUAAAAGUGAUUUCGUAUUCGCUACCGGUCAACGUGCUAGCUUUUACUUUAUAAACGCUGCCCCCCAGUGGCAACCCUUUAAUGCUGGAAACUGGAACUUUUUGGAACAGGAUCUCCGUGCUCGUAUCUCUGCUGCAAAUUAUAGAACUACUAUUUACACUGGCACCUUCGGAGUAUCUCAACUGCGUGACCAAAACAACCGUCUUGUUGACAUAUAUUUGGUUCGUGACAAGAAUCAAAUACCAGUGCCUCUAUAUUUUUAUAAGGUUGUUUAUGACUCAUCUCGUCGUCAAGGCACAGCCUUCGUAAGCAUUAACAACCCCUACUACACCGCUGCUGAAGCUCGCAGCCUCACAUUCUGUACGGACCGUUGCCGCAACAACAACGCCUUUAGCUGGCUCCGCUGGCAGCCGGACCGUAUUGACAUCGGAUACAGUUUCUGCUGCACUAUCGAUGAUUUCAGAAGGACUGUUCCUCACCUACCAUCCUUCACCACCACCGGUCUCCUGACAUAA